AUGGCAGACUUUAAUUUCCCCGGAGUCGAUCUUAGUGAUCCUUUUCUUCCAUCUCCCGGUUCAAUAUCUGUUUAUAGUCCCUUCGAAUAUAGUCCUCCUAAAGUCGCCGUCAAACCACCUCAUGACUACGGUACAUUUAUCUAUCCUCUCACACCUGUGGAUGAAAGACCUGGUCUCAUCUCAUUGCCUUUAAGAUCUCGAAAUUGUUCUUCAAAUGCACCUCCGUCUCUUUCGUUCUCUCGUUCUUCUAGCACAUCGUCUAGAUUUUCCUCUUCCUCGUCUGCAUCAAGUAUCAACUGUGAUCGGUUAUCAAAUACCAAGUGGGCACCCCCUACUUCUUUUCCUCACUUUGUAUCAUUGCCAUUGGAUAUUCAGAGAACGAUUUGGAGACAUACAUUACCCGAAUCUCAAAUUAUCGAAAUACAUCAAUACACCAAAUCCACACCACGAUCAUCCUCUUCCUUCUCAACUACAACGCAACAAGAUAAAGAACCCCUUCCAUCUUUAACAACUCAUAAUUCCCUUCCGAUCGCCCUACAUAUAAACCGCCUUUCUCGUCGCCUUGCUCUCUCUAUCUUGACUCCCCUCUCCUUCGCUCACCCUUACUACCUCCCUUCGAAUCCAUACGCUUACAUAAACUAUGUUCAAGAUACCAUAUUCAUCUCUUCUCAAAUGCUCUACUCCGAUCUCGGAAACCAUAUCUUGUAUUCGAGGGACUUACAUAUGAUUCGAUACUUGGCCCUACAGUUUGAAGUAUGGUGUGAGUUACUUGGCGAUAAUCAUUUUGUUAAUGCACUUUUGGAGAUGGAGGGACUGGUGAGCAUUGAGAUUAUUUUUGAGAGACGACCGGGAUCAAUUUCUUCAUGUUCUAGUCUUUCAUCAAAUAACGAAUCAUCAAUGUUAUCAAGACAGCUCGAAGAAUCGAUGAUGAAUUGGGGAAUUACACAUCAAGCUCAAGAUCUUAGCUUCGUAGAACCAACAAGAAACGAAGAAAGAAACUUGAAAGUUAUAUUCGAAAGGGAAUGCGAAAAGAAGUGGUUGUGGGGAAGAGUGAGUGGAUGGGAGGAUGUCAGUGGAAAAUUGAGGCUCAGAUGGAAAGAAGAAGAGAGUAGAAGCAUGAUGCAGAGUCGCAUUCACAGAGACACAAACGAUUAUGAAAACGAAUCUUAUACACCUCUACCAUCCAGGUCUAGAUUAAAGGAUAAUACCUCAAUCGGAUUUACCGAAAUCAACUCUGCGAUGACAUAUACAGAAGGUGAAUGUGAGAAAUUAGACCAGGGAUUGGAAAGUCUAAUGAAUAGCGUGGAUGAUGUUAUAAUGGAUUACGGAUAUGUAACUCAAGGACAAGGAAGAUGGGCUGGUGGCAAGGACACAUAUGCGGAUCGAGAAGAUGCAUAUAGUGAGAGUAAUUAUUCGCAAUGUUCGGAGAGUUUUGAAGAUGAUUCUGAUUUGGAGGGGUGGAUUUAA